CAUAACUUAAAAGAUGACGAUAAUGAAUCCCAAAACCUUAGUUAUGAAUCUCCUCCUCCUACUCUUGCUGCAAAUUUCCUACUUCUCCACCAUUGUCUUAUCUCUGAGGGCGUAUCAUAAGAAAUAUAAAGAGGAGUAUACGGUAAGACCAAACACUGUCACACAUGUCGUCAUCUCCAACGAACUGUAUGAUCUGAAGAAAGGAAACGCUGGCUUCGUAUGCUCUCAUGGUCCCAAGAUUUGGCGGCAGAGCAAGCCAGGAGAACGGUACGCUAUGAUUCGGUUCAAGAACGACGGUAAACAAAGGUACAUGGUCACAAAUUGCCAUGUCCGGUCGAACCGCGGGUUUGUGAAUUUUCAUAUCUUUUUGCAACCGGACUACUCCGCUAAUUGUUACCCUAGUUAUAUUUGUAAGUACACAAUCAGGAAAGAUGGAGUUCAUUACAAGCCUACGAAUAAGUUAUAUCGAUGGAGCCAGUUUCCACGCCGACGCAUUUCUAAGGCUUAACUGAGAAAAACAUUGUGGAGAACUAACUUUGUAAUGUCGAUCACAAAGUGAUUUCUAUAUACAAGAA